AUUUCUGGUAUCGGCAACGCCACAAUCCGCAUGGCAGCGUGCGGUACUAAGUGUGUCCACUAGAUGGCAGCAUUCCCCCGUCCUCCUUCCCAUUGUGACCGUCGAGGCAGCAAAAAGCAGGACCGAACGCUAGCAAGGGAAAAGUCGCCUGCGUUCACGUCCAAGCUUAGCCUAGCUUAGCUCGCCGCUAACAAAGAGAGCAAAGCGGAAGUGAUCUACGUGUCGCCCAGCAGAGAUAAAAGUGUGAAAGUGUUGUGCUGGCGUGAAAAUGUGCAAAGUGCAGAUGCUGCGGGCGCUGAUGAAGCAGCGCCUGAGUGACGCCGUGGAGGAGAUAUUUGCACUCUUCCAAGUGAUGAUAGCAGAGUACGAGGAGGAACUUUGCCGAACAAAAAGGGAGAACGAGCGACAACGGCAAAUGCUGGACGCUAUUUUCAAACCAGAAGAUGAAUUACAACGAGAAGAUGUCCCUGAUGAAGAUCUUCCUCCUGAGCAGCAGGACUGGAACUCCAGGGUGGAGCAGGAGGAGCCAGGCCCCCCCCUCAUUAAAGAGGAAGAGGAGGACCUAGAGCCUUGCCACGAUGAAGAGAUGGAGGCGGCGCCCGCUCACAGUGAGGUGUGGACUCUGGAGGAGGGGGACUUCACCAAGUUCCCGGUGGUCCGAGUCAUUGUCAACAGUGAAGAGGUCGAGGUCCGAGGUGGAAGUGAGAAGAUGGGAGAGGCGGAGCCUCCAAGCAGCAGUAGCUCAACUCAACACAUGAAAACAGACGAUGUUAGAAACCAGUCGCAGGCAGACGUGGCUCCACGCUCGGACAGCGAGGACUCGUCACGCUCCCCUGACUCUGAGGAUGAGGACUCUAAAGCCGACAAGACGCGUCCGGCCGACAGCAAGAGCUUGAACUGUCCCGUGUGCGGCAAAAUGUUCACCUACGGCAGUUACCUGACGAGACACAUGCGCAAACACACCGGGGAGCAACCGUACAGCUGCUCGGUCUGCGGGAAAGGCUUCUCGGAGAAGGGCAACUUGAUGAAGCACUCCAGGACGCACACCGGAGAGAAACCCUUCUCCUGCGCAAUCUGCAACAAGAGCUUCCGCGAGCCGUCGACGCUCAACAAGCACAAGAGAACGCACACGGGAGAGAAACCCUUUACCUGCACGUUCUGCGGGAAAACCUUUUCGCAGAGCGAACACAUGAAGAUACACACCAGGAGGCACACGGGCGAGAAGCCCUACACCUGCACCGUCUGCAACAAAAGCUUUAUCGACUGCUCCACCAUGGUGCGACACAUGAGGACGCACCCGGCACAGUGACACCCAGACAUGCUGCAAGACUCUCCAUGUCUCAGAACUUUAACUAACACAUGAGGACACACCCAGCACAGUGACACCCAGACAUGCUGCAAGACUGUCCAUGUCUCAGAACUUUAACUAACACAUGAGGACACCAGUGACACCCAGACAUGCUGCAAGACUCUCCAUGUCUCAGAACUUUAACUAACACAUGAGGACACAGUGACACCGAGACAUGCUGCAAGACUGUCCAUGUCUCAGAACUUUAACUAUCACAUGAGGACACCAGUGACACCCAGACAUGCUGCAAGACUGUCCAUGUCUCAGAACUUUAACUAACACAUGAGGACACCAGUGACACCCAGACAUGCUGCAAGACUGUCCAUGUCUCAGAACUUUAACUAACACAUGAGGACACCAGUGACACCCAGACAUGCUGCAAGACUGUCCAUGUCUCAGAACUUUAACUAACACAUGAGGACACCAGUGACACCCAGACAUGCUGCAAGACUGUCCAUGUCUCAGAACUUUAACUAACACAUGAGGACACCAGUGACACCCAGACAUGCUGCAAGACUGUCCAUGUCUCAGAACUUUAACUAACACAUGAGGACACCAGUGACACCAAGACAUGCUGCAAGACUGUCCAUGUCUCAGAACUUUAACUAUCACAUGAGGACACCAGUGACACCCAGACAUGCUGCAAGACUGUCCAUGUCUCAGAACUUUAACUAUCACAUGAGGACACCAGUGACACCCAGACAUGCUGCAAGACUGUCCAUGUCUCAGAACUUUAACUAACACAUGAGGACACACCCGGCGCAGUGACACCCAGACAUGCUGCAAGACUGUCCAUGUCUCAGAACUUUAACUAACACAUGAGGACACCAGUGACACCCAGACAUGCUGCAAGACUGUCCAUGUCUCAGAACUUUAGCUAACACAUGAGGACACACCCGGCACAGUGACACCCAGACAUGCUGCAAGACUGUCCAUGUCUCAGAACUUUAACUAUCACAUGAGGACACACCCGGCAAAGUGACACCCAGACAUGCUGCAAGACUCUCCAUGUGUGACAACAGGGAUGAGCUUGUCUUUAUUGUAGACAUAUUAUGUACAACACUUAGCUGUGAUUAAAUGGGCACACUUCUUUUCUAGACUAGAAUUAAGUGUCAAAUAUACACCAAAAUAAAUGUCCUCACACAUGG